AUGGCCUGCCCGGUUCUCUUGCUCAGCCUCGGCCUCCUGGCCGGCCUGCUGCCGGCGCUGGCCGCCUGCCCCCAGAACUGCCACUGCCACGGAGACCUGCAGCACGUCAUCUGCGACAAGGUGGGACUGCAGAAGAUCCCCAAGGUAUCCGAGAAGACCAAACUGCUCAACCUACAGCGCAACAACUUCCCGGUGCUGGCUGCCAACUCCUUUCGGUCCAUGCCCAACCUGGUGUCGCUGCACCUGCAGCACUGCCAGAUCCGCGAGGUGGCCGCGGGCGCCUUCAGGGGCCUCAAGCAGCUCAUCUACCUGUACCUGUCCCACAACGACAUCCGCGUGCUGCGCGCUGGCGCCUUCGACGACCUGACCGAGCUCACCUACCUCUACCUGGACCACAACAAAGUGACAGAGCUGCCCCGGGGGCUGCUGUCCCCGCUGGUCAACCUCUUCAUCCUGCAGCUCAACAACAACAAGAUCCGCGAGCUGCGGGCCGGCGCCUUCCAAGGCGCCAAGGACCUGCGCUGGCUCUACCUGUCAGAAAACGCCAUCAGCUCCCUGCAGCCCGGAGCCCUGGACGACGUGGAGAACCUCGCCAAGUUCCACCUGGACAGGAACCAGUUGUCCAGCUACCCCUCGGCUGCACUGAGCAAGCUGCGGGUAGUGGAGGAGCUGAAGCUGUCCCACAACCCCCUGAAGAGCAUCCCUGACAAUGCGUUCCAGUCUUUCGGCAGGUACCUGGAGACCCUCUGGCUGGACAACACCAACCUGGAGAAGUUCUCCGAUGGUGCCUUCGUGGGUGUGACCACGCUGAAAAACGUCCAUCUGGAGAACAACCGCCUGACCCAGCUGCCCUCCAACUUCCCCUUUGACAACCUGGAGUCCCUCACUCUCACCAACAACCCCUGGAAGUGUACCUGCCAGCUCCGGGGCCUCCGGAGGUGGCUAGAAGCCAAGACUUCCCGCCCUGAUGCCACUUGUGCCUCGCCUGCCAAGUUUAGGGGCCAGCACAUCCGUGACACGGACGCCUUCCGCAGCUGCAAGUUCCCCACUAAGAGGUCCAAGAAAGCUGGUCGCCAUUAAACAGGUCCCAGUCCAGCCAGUCCCGGUGACUGGUCUCUGCCUUCUGCUGGAGAAACUACUGACCUCCCCACCUCUGACCCCACCUGCUCCCACAGCCUCUGCUCAUGCACAGAGCUGUCCACACCUGGACCUGUCCUGGCAGGGGGACUCAGGCCUCCAGCAUGAACCCAGCUCCACCUCUCUACCUGACAGUGAGGGCUCCAUCACACCUGGCCCCUCUGCCGUGGCUCCUCUCAAAGAAGCUGUUGCCAAGACCCUCAAAUCCUUCAGAACCAGAACUGGGUGGUCAUCAGGAUGGCCACCCUUCCAGAAUCUUCCCUCCGUCUGCUCCCCUUUCCCUUCCAUUUAGAAACAAACAUCAGAUCCUUGCCCCACCCCUUGUUUCCAGAAAGGGUCUUAAGCCCACACUCCAACUCUACCAGCCCCUGCCUGCCAGGACGCUCCAGCAGGAUACCGGUGCUUUGCCAAAUAUCCCCCAUGCUGCAUUUCUUCCCCAGAUUUCUAUAAGUAUAAAUUUAUGUAUGUAUAAUAUUUA